GCGUGUUACCGGGCCCGGGCCCUCCGGCCUCGCAGCCAAGACGUUGCAACUUCUACUGGAUGAUGAGGAUAGCACCAACAAGUUCGCCCACGUCGCCAACCAGGUGGCGGCAGCCAACAUCCCGCCAUCCAUCGCAUCUCGGGGCAGCGCCCAACACUACAGCCGGGGAAGUUUGCCAGUUGCCUCCCGCCGGACCACCGGCAGUGACUUCACGGACUGCUUGGGACUGGAGGUCUCCAUGGAAAGCCUGGAGGCACAAGGCAAGAGGAGCGUGGUGACUGAUGGUCAGGUGAUGGUUCUGGUAGCGCCGCUUCUGGUGCCCCGCUGGCGAAGGGAUGAUUGGGAUCUCCACUUCUUCCCCUCCAGAG